ACUAAUAUCAAAUCAUAAGAAAAACAAGUGUUCUUUAAAGAUUUCAUCAGUUCAUCAUGAACGAGCUUCUGAGACAUCGCGAGAACACGAAGGCUCCGCGAGAUUAGCCGUCUGAGAAUCCCGUGUGUGGGGGGGGGGGCUUCAGACAGGCAGCAGCACUGACGACAACAUGGAGGAGCAGCUGGGCGCAGCAGGCUCGCGCUCUCAGAAACGCGAGCGGCUCAGAAGUCACAGCUGCGAUCAAUGUGAGAAAGUUUUCAAGCGCAAGAGUCACCUGGUGAACCACCAGAGCAUCCACACGGGGGAGAAACCCCACACCUGUGACCAGUGUGGGAAAGGCUUUGCGAGAGCAUGUACCUUAAAGAUCCACUAUGGCAUUCACACAGGAGUGAAACCGUAUACCUGUGACCAAUGUGGGGCAGCGUUCCUCUACAAGGCGCACUUCAUCAACCACCAGCACGUCCACACGGGGGAGAAACCCUACAGCUGCGACCAGUGCGAGAAAGUAUUCGCCGCUAAAGGGGAUUUAACCGUUCACAAGCGCGUUCACACCGGAGAGAAACCGUACAGCUGUGAAAAAUGUGACAUGUCGUUCACGAGGCGGGGGAUCCUCAUCCGUCACCAGCGUAUUCACUCCGGGGAGAAACCGUACUGCUGUGACCUCUGCGGGAAAAGCUUCUCGCGGGGCUACGCCCUGCAGGUCCACCGCCGCAUUCACACCGGAGAGAAGCCGUACUGGUGCGACCAGUGUGAGAAGGCUUUCAUUUCAUCAGGAGCCCUCAGUUGCCACCAGCGUGUUCACGCUGCUACCCCCCCCCCACCGGAGGAGCUGUUACUACUGACUCAGAGUAAUGGUUCUUGAUCCACUCGCUCAUUUUCUUACUAAUUAUUGUGCAACGGUUUUUAUUUUGCAGUUUUGUUAAUCAGGUUUUUAUUCUAAUCAAAAUGUCACUUUCCUUCCUUUAAUAAAAUAUUCUACGUUGAAGGUUCGCUGCGGGGAAGAAGGCGUGAUUUAGCAUCAAUUAAUCUGCCAAUUAUGAACUAAAUUAAUCUCUUGGUAAAAAACAAUGUUGUGACAAGAAGCGAGUACGUGAGUUCAGAACGACUCACGAUGUUCGCUUUGUAUCAUUUAUACUUUCCUCCUGUGUGUAAUCUUUAUUGAAUAAACUGUAUCCUACAUUUA